AUGUUUGUUUUAACGAAAAUCGGUGAAGAUAAUGAAAAGUUCGUAUUAAUUCCCAACAAAAAGGUGUACACAAUCGGUCGCUUGUCCACCGAUCUGAUGUUGUCCGAUGAUCUCAGUAUAAGUCGUACCCAUGUGCGUAUAAGUCUGCCUAGCGCAGGAUCAGGUGAGCCGCUCACUGUGAUUGACCUCGGCUCCAGGUACGGCACAUUCAUCAACCAAGACAUUCAGCUCAACAAAAAGAUGCAGGCCAAAACGCCAAUUCCACUGCAAGUUGGCGACAAGAUUCGCUUGGGAGCACUUAAGAAUGUGUGGCAACUGGCGCAGCUGCAGCUGGUGACAACUCCAUCGUCCCUGGCACGACCCGAAAUGGAGGAGCUACAACAGCUGCUCCAGCCGCUGGGAGGAGCAUUGUUGCCCACCUGGACGAAGGAAUGCUCGCACUUGACCAUGGACAGCGUUGCGGUCACUGUAAAGCUAUUGCAUGCCUUGUUGGACAACAAGCCCAUAGUCAAUGUUUCAUUUUGGCGGGAAUUUUCCAAAGCAGCGCAUCGCGUUCAUAUCUUCGAGGAUUGGCCGAAACCAGAAGACUUUCCGCCAGCUGCAUCGCAAGAUAUGCCCAGCAUUAAGUGGGAUCCAGAUCGCACAAGAUUGUUUGCCAGGAAGACUUUUGUAUUUUGCAAUCGCAAACAUUUCGAUGUGUACGGUCCAGUUGUGCAGAAGGCAGGAGGAGCUUGCAAGGAUCUCAACUCGGGUGUACGCCGGCAAUUCCUAACCAAAAACGACGUGGUAGUCAUACAAUAUGUGCCCUCAACCCAAUCCCAAGCAACAGAAACCAUUCACAGUGUCCAAGAUAUUUUGGAGCAAGUUGGAAGACGCCUUAUACCGGAUUACGAGAUUGGACUGGCCAUUUUGCACUGUUCAACGGCCAAGUUUUGUAAUCCGUCCCACAAAAUAAUCGACAACUCGUUGCCCACAACUGAAUCCAUGAAUUCAUCGAUUCUGAUCCCAAAUACGGAGCGCACUCAAACCGAGCCCAACACCAACAAAGGCACGGAGCUCAUUAUCUCGGAAUCGGAAAUAUACGCGCCCAGCGUGGCAAGUGAGAAACAGGAAACGGAACCACAGUCAGAGGCAGAUCCAGCUCCAUCAAAGCCAGUAGAGAAGUCAAAAUCGAUGCUUACGCUGCGUAAGCGUAACAAUGUAAUGUUUUUGGAUUCCUCGGAUGAAGAUUCCAAAGCAACCGAGCCAUCCAGUAGUAAGAAAACUAAACCUUUGAAUGAGGCUAAACCAAAACAAAAGCGCAAACUUCCCAUUACUGUGGACUCUUCGGAUGAAGAUGAGCAGUUGAGAAAGAUAACUAAAACGUUGCCUGGUGACAAAUCCAAACAAAACCACAAUCAAACUUCAGUUAAUAAAGCAGCAGAAAAGAAGGAGUCAUCUAUUGCAGUGGCAAAUAAAAGAGAAUCAACUCAGUCACGCAAAAUGGGAAAGCAGCCGGAGAAACCGACCAGACGUUCACCACGUGGUAAACAGUUGCCAGAAGCGAACAAAGUAGCUGUGCCACAGAUUGAUGAGGACAGUGAGGAGGAACAGGAACUCUUCCCAUUUAAGUCAAAGGCGACAGCAAAAGCUAAAUUAACUGUGCCUCUUAUUGAUGAAGACAGCGAUGAGGAAGAAGCGCCUUUCCAGUUCCAAAAGAAGACACCAGCAACUGGAACACGGGCACCCUUCAAGCCAACUGAAUCCAACAUUCCCACAACCAGCAAAUCGGCUGACAAAACGAAGGUCAAUCCACCAGCCAGGAUUAGUGUGCGCAAUUUCCUUGAAAAGUCACAGAAUCCUGUUGUGGCAAGUCAAGUGGCAUGUGAUGCACCUGUUGCAUCGCAACCACGGAAACGUCUGCGUCUUGAGCGACUAAAUGAAAGCGACAGCGAUGAUAAUGAAAACUUAUUUAAUUUUGCCGGCAACAAGAAGGCCAAGAAUUCUGUUGUCUCAGAUAACGAAUCUGAUGAUGGUGGAAUGUUCAACUUUAAAUCAGCUACUCAAAAGGAGAAAAACAACCGAGAAAGGGACGAAGAUCAAGAUUCUGUCAGCACUGAGCCAUAUAUACCCAAACCAAAAUCAAAGUAUAUAGUGUCCAAGCCAAGGGAACAAGCUGUCAAGGUGAAUAUCAGUGGCUGGCUAUCGUGUAGCGGGCUACACGGGGAUGUCAAGCCAAAGACUGAUCCAGAUGUGACACAAACGGUUGCAGAGCCAGGUCAGAUGGAAAUAAAAGAAGAGGAAUCUGACUGUGAUGAGAAAGAUGCACAUUUAAAGUGGAUAGCCAGUAUGAAGGAUAGCAUACAAGUGAGAAUGUGUAAUCUGAACAUCACAGUUCGUUCCCACGAUGAAUCAAAUGCACUUGACACAACCGACAGCAAAUACAGCGGUCGCAAGAACUUUAAAAAGUUUGUCAAGAAGCUCAAUCCGCAUCCACAACACCGCACAGUGGAGAUGAAGCGUAUGCAGUUGGCCGAGGGCAUGGUCAAAGUCUUGUAAAUGUGAAUUGAAUCGAUAUUUGUUAUAUUUUACUACCAAUAAAUUUGCGAAAUA